AUGGUCAAUGCAGUUCCACAUAAAAGAACCACCAGCUUUGGUGCAUGUCCCCCACCAGAAGGUUCACAUACCCAAAUACCCGUACUCCAAGUAUCACUUUCAACCGAUCCUCCCGUCGCUGGACAAAAAGAUGCAUUUACUGUUUCCGGAAAAUUUACAAAAGAUGUUACCGAUCAAACCAAACUUGUGAUUGCAUUUGUUGAUAUAAUUGGUAAAAAACCUAUACAAGAUCCCACUACUGUUCCUGCUUGUACUGGAAGUGGAUGUCCAAUUAAAGCUGGUGACCAAUAUACUCAAACGGUGGAAGUUCAAGCACCAGAAAACUUACCUGUCACGUACGCUUUGGUAGUUGGUGUCGGAAAUUCAAUACCUGAUCCUUUAGGCUGUGCAUUUGCUAUUGUUUAG